AUGAAACAGCUUGUGUCCAACCUACAAGGCACAGCUGUUAAUUUGAUAAAAACAGGAAGAGAAAUUUACAACACUUUGAAUUCAAAAGAGUACGAAGGAAAUGCUGACUUGUUGAUUCAGAAGAAGAUCGAUUUGAUUACGCCCAUCGCUGAGAAUAUGCAACGAAACGUCACUCAAGAUCCUUCCCUUGUUCAUCUUCCAGACAAUUUGCAGGAACUGAUCGAUUCUGUUGGAUCAGAUAUUUGGAACUUAGGAGGUCACUUGGAUAUAAACAAGGAUACCCUUCAUGGGGUCAAAUACUUUGCUAUAAUCCUACUACUUAUCUAUGAAUCAUUUAACCCAAGUAUUGACAGGUGUUUUUCCAUUUUGGGUUGCUUGAUAAACCUCUUGUCGUCGUCAAUUAGCACGAAUGUGCUUGGUGUUGCAAAAAAAUGUCGAAACUUUGCAGAAACAAUUUUGAAUAGAUUGUUGACGAUUGAUAGAGACUGUGAGCUAGAUAAAGGCAAUAAAAAUCUUGUUGAUGAGUACAACUCUAAAGUGUCACUUUUAAGCUUGAGUUAUGAAGUAGUAUGUGGAGAUUUCGAUGCUGCAAAAAUUUACGAAACAAAGUUGGUUAAUCUUGAUUAUCCGAUACCGUUGGACUUUGUUUUGGAAACAAGCCGUAUUUUGUACAACUCUGCAUUGGAUCUAUUUAACAAGGGAAGCUAUGAAGUUGCCUGUUCUUUGACCACUAUGUCCAUCAAAUCUAUGGAAAAAUCAAUAACGGAAGAGAGCCAAGACAUCGUAAAGACUCGGUAUUUGCAAACCUACAUCUUGUUGAUCAAGUGUUACAAAUAUAUUGACACAAAUGAAUCAAGAGACAGAGCAAUGACAGCAAUGGAGCUUAUCCAGAACCAAUUUCUGAAUAAGUUUGAAGUGUAUGGCUUAUAUUUCGAAGUAUGUGAUACAAAAGACACCGAAAACAUAGAUGAGGUCAUGAUGCGUAUGGUGAUGUCUGUACCAAUGGAGGACAACUUAGAAAACACGUUGAGUUUACUAAAACAAAAUUUACAACACAGUUUCAAAGGAGUCAACAACUGUUUGGAUUAUCUUUUAACAAACCUCCAUUUCAGUGAUAGCCAAGUUGGGCUUUUGGUAGUUACGAAAUUCGUUGUAAACGCAGAAUUAGCUCAAAAAGUGGAGCCACAAUUGAGAAUCAAGGAAUUGGAACUUUUUCUCGAGCUUGCGGAAAGAACUUUGCAGCAUCAGCUAGCCUCGAAUACAAAAAUGAGUGUGCUUGCAUUGCUCUGGAAACAAGGAAUGAGUGCAUACAAGGCGCUUGAUUAUGAUCAAAGCACAUGGUGGUUAGAAUUGUCACUUACUAGGUUGCUUUACAUACUGCCUUCAGAAAGUCAGGAUCGUGGGAAGAUAAUUCGAGCAAUUGAAAACAACCAUCUCCUUUCAAACAAUGCCGAUGCUGUUUUGGAUCUACACAAGAAAUUGGACCAGGAGGACGAAGAUGCAAUGCUUUCUCGAUACAACCUAUUUCGGGCCUAUACUUUGCUAAAAGAUGAAACAAAUGCCACCAUACAAUUUAACAAAUUAGUCGAGGCCAAUACAAAUGUCAACACAAUUUUGGCCAUAGCCGCGUGUAUAAUCGAAGCAACCGACAACUUGCCCAGCAAGUUUAUAAAGAAUGCAUUUUUUCAACUAUUGAACAUACUUUCGUCGAAACAGUUUAACGAAGAGUUUGUUCGGAACUUGAAUUCUUUUGGAAUUAUAUUGCCUAUUUGUUGUAGAUGUGCAAUAUUGAUGUUCUCCAAUGAUAUCGAAAAAAAUGACUUAGAUUUAAAUAACUUGGAGAAUCUUUGCCAAAUAUUGAAAGAAAGUUGCAAUUUUGCCUCCAACACGUCACAUGUCGUGGGACAAAUCUUCAAUGCAAAUGAUUAUGAGUGGUGUGCCAGUAAAGCAUUCAACAUAGCCAUAUUAUGCAAACAAAUCGAUCAGCAUGAGAUUGGCAUUCAGCUUUGUCAAAUUAGCAUUGGAUUUAUUUCGUUGAUCUCUUCCGAUAUCGAAAAAGCAAGAUAUGACAAAAUUGUGAUUUGGAAAGCAAGAGCGUGGAUAUUGACCUUUUUAUUUCUUUGCAAAAAGAACGAAAUUAACGUGGAUGAUUGGAAUUUUGUUAAAAAGCAUAGCGAUGACAUAAUCGAGGAGAUUAAGGAAAUUGAUUCUUCAGUUGAUGUCCGUGAAUGUAUCCAACAGUUGAGCACUUUCAGGUUUCAAGCUGAGUUAACAAUUGGCUCCACUGAGCAACUUGAAAUCAUGAUCCACAGUUGCUCCAUGGAGCCAAAAGUUGUUGUUGAAUUGUACGAAGUGUACGUAAACUUGCUAAUAUUCUCGAAGCGCACGCUUGCCAAACAAGUAAAGCUGAGCUUAUUAUUAUCCAUAAUUAGCUGCACCUUGACAUUUUCCGAUGUCACAUAUUUGUCCAAGCUAGUUGUAUGGAUAAGGCUAUUUAUGGAAAUGAGCGAUGAUCAAUUUGAAUCUGAAAAGGAAAAGGUAGUGCUUCAAUUCUACAAAGUGUACCAAUCCAAUGUUGUCAACGUUGUGGUACCUUCGUUUGAAAUUGAAUGGCUUGCCAGUGUGUCAUGGAAUCACGGAGUAAAGAAGAUAAUGUGGUGUGCGAUAGGAGUAUCAUUUUCGAAGUUUGUUCAUGAAAGAAUGCACAAGCAGGUAUGUAGCUCAUUAAUAAUGAAGAUAGAUUAUUCAGAGGUUAAUAAAAUUUGA